AUGUCGUCGCCUCGUUUGCCGUCAGAUUGUACGAUGCAGGGGCCAUCAUGGGAUGAAUUUGACCGUUCGGAAGAGCUAGAUUAUAACAGUAGCUCAGAUCAUGAAACUGAUGAACAAGAUUGUCGUUCGAGGAAUUUCGAUUUUAUCGCUCCACCAGGAUUUUAUUCAGCAACAAGACAAAUUCAUGUGAAUAUGGGUGAAGUAUGUCUUACUCGGAGCAAUAAUUCGCUUUCGUAUCUCGAUCAGUUACCAAACAGUGUGAGCGAGCUUGGUACCACAUCAUCUUCUGACCAACAACUAUGCGGACCUUCUUUACCACCCGGACUUAUGAACAGUAGCGAAGAAGACGAUCCAGAAGAUCCUGGAGAUCCAGAAGAUCCCGAUGAAGGUGAUUCUCAGUCUGCAAUGCCAAAUAUAUGCUCAUUCUUGCAAUUUUCAAUGUCGAGCAAUAUUCCAUCGUCAUCCUCUCAAUCCUCAUGUUUUGGUUCAACCGUGCGAAAUUCAUCGGAAAUAAUCGCACCUUCGCUUCCUGAAGAAGAAACAAAGCGUUCACGAGAAAAUUUAUUACCUCCUCCGGAACCUGGAGAAACGCAUUCUUCAAGUGUAGAUUACUCUUUAAAAAGAGUAAUUGGUCCAUCAAUGCCAGAUCUGCUACCGACAGUUGCCAAUUUAGGAAAUGAUGAUGAAGAAGACAGCAGAGAUGUUUACGGCCCAGCAGUACCAUACGAUUUGCAAAAUAAACCGUCUACAUCUGCUGGGAAAGACUUCGAUGUUGAAGUACCCAUUGAUGAUGAUACUUGCGGUCAUGAUAAUGAUGGUGAUAGCAAUAACGUUUUCGGUCCAAUUCCUCCUUGGGAACAAAAAGGAAAUAUAGACGAAGAAUAUACAGAAAGAUUAGUGCGUCUGGAGAUGCUGCAAGCGAGCAAGAAAUCUGCGUGCAAACGACCAGAAUGGAUGACGCAACCGCCUAAAUGUUUCGGUGGGUAUAGUUUGUCAACCAAAUCAUUUUCAUUGAAGAAAGUCUCUGAUGGAACCGAAGAAGGAAAGCUUGCAUGGACGGAAACUCCAGCAGAAAGGAAAAAUCGAUUGGAGCGAGGUGAUUCAUCUUGUGCUGGACCGAGUGGGCUGUUUUUUGAGGCACAACGUAAUAGGAAUUCUGAUGCCAUUCAUAUUGAACAUGUAGCGGCUUUGGAAGAAGAUCGUGCAGAAUCAUUGCUGGAUAUUCACCAAAGAAAACGGAAACAUGAGAACGAUGAGAAUGGAAUAAUCGCAACAGAACGGCGACCAUUUGAUCGAAAUAAGGAUUUAGAUAAUCAUACAUUUGGACGGGCGGGGAAUUUGAAUGCUGACGCGAUCAAGGAACGUUAUGGGCAACUUAAUUCCCGCUUUGCUUCAUUUACUUCACAAAAAUUUCUUUGA